ACCAUGGUUCGGGUACCAGCAGAGUCUGCAAUGGAAGAGUUGACGCCUCAGCUAUUGUCAGCAGAGCUCUGCAACUUGAUGGAAGGUUUUGAUCCCUUGGUUCCCCUGAGGACACCUCAGGAAUGCCUGAGGCGGGUCCAGAUCGAAGCAGCACAAUGUCCAGAUGUUGUGGUAGCACACAUUGACCCAAAGAAGUUGAAAAGGAAGCAAAGUGUGAAUAUUUUUCUUUCAGGAUGCCAACCGGCCCCUGAAGGUUAUUCUCCCACACUUCAGUGGCAACAGCAACAAGUGGCACUGUUUCCAACUGUUGGACAGAAUGUGAACAAACAUAGAAGUCACUGGAAAUCACAACAGUUGGAUAGUAAUGUGACGUUGCCAAAAUCUGAAGAUGAAAAAGGCUGGAAGAAAUUUUCUCUGGGUGAAAAGUUAUGUGCUGAUGGGGCUGUUGGACAAGCCACAGUCGAAAGUCCCGGAGUAGAUUCUGCACAAGGAAGAUGGCUUUAUGCUUUAUGGACUUGUCUGGAAAAGCCUUUAUUACCUCAGGCUCAUUCACUGAUUUGGCAGCUUGCAAGGUGCUGUGAAGUGAGGCUCUUAGUGGAGAGCAAAGAUGAUGAGAAGGUUCCUGCUUUGAAUUUAUUAGUCUGCUUGGUUAGCAGGUAUCUUGACCAAUGUGAUUUAUCUGAUGUGCUAUCUUGA